AAAUAAUAAUAAAGGACGACGUCGUAUCGGAUGGAAAAGGGAUUCUUCAAGGCCUCGUUAGGUCUCCAACAAUGGCGGUUUGCCUGGUUGGAGUUUGCUCGCCGAAGAGGAAGUAAUUAAGUUAUGAAUGAAGAUAGUAACGUAUAACGUGAACGGACUGAGACCUCGAAUUUCUCAGUAUGGCUCCCUCCGUAAACUCCUUGAUUCUCUUGAUUCCGACAUCAUCUGCUUUCAGGAAACGAAAUUAUCUAGACAAGAACUGAGAGCUGACGUAGUUUCAGCAGAUGGGUACGAGUCCUUCUUUUCUUGCACACGUUCUCUUGAAAAAGGCCGCACUGGUUAUUCCGGUGUUGCAACAUUUUGCAAAGUAAAUUCUGCUUUUUCAAGCAAUGAAGUUGCACUUCCACUUGAUGCAGAAGAGGGUUUCACUGGUGUUCUAGAGAAUUCUAAAGGAUUUACAUCUAAAAAACACGAUCUUCUCACAUGUGUCGAAGGGCUUGAGGGAUUUAACAGAGAUGUACUUCUUAAAAUUGACAAUGAGGGGCGUUGUAUUAUCACUGAUCAUGGUCAUUUUGUUCUUUUCAACAUUUAUGGGCCUCGAGCUGCAUCUGAUGACACAGAAAGAAUUGAAUUCAAGCUCUCAUUCUACAAGAUACUUCAGAAAAGAUGGGAGUCUUUUAUGCUUAAAGGAAAGAGGAUAAUUGUUGUUGGUGAUUUAAACAUUGCUCCUUCUUCUAUAGAUAGGUGUGAUGCUGGACCAGAUUUUGAGAAUAAUGAGUUUAGAAGCUGGUUUAGAUCUUUAUUAGUGGAAAAUGGAGGCUUGUUCUUUGAUGUGUUCAGAGGAAAACAUCCUGAAAGAAAAGAAGCGUAUACAUGUUGGUCAACAAACACAGGUGGUGAAAUGUUCAAUUUUGGUUCAAGAAUUGAUCAUAUUUUAAUUAGUGGUUCAUGCAUACAUGAAAAUAAGGAUCUCAAAGGUCACAACUUUUUCUCAUGCCAUGUUAAAGAUUGUGAUAUAUUAACACAAUUCAAACGGUGGAAACCCGGGACCACACCAAGCUAUAGAUGGAAAGGAGGGGGAAGCAUAAAGUUAGAAGGUUCCGAUCAUGCCCCUGUCUUCAUGAGUUUAAAAGAAAUCCCCGACAUUCACCUGCAUAACACUCCACCUUUAUCCACUAGAUACUGUCCUCAAGUUAGAGGAUGUCAGCAAACUCUUGUAUCGAUGUUAUCAAGAAGGCAAUCAACAGAGGAAGUGAAAGCCCAUGAAGAUCAUAAAGAAGGAGUUAAAAGACCUGUUUUUGAUUCCACAAGAUUAAUUCAAACAAAUGAUAUUAUCAAAAUCGAAGCAAUGAAUUUUACAGAAAUGAAGAAAAAACCAAAAAAGAAUCAUUCAUCACAGCUCUCACUCACAUCCUUUUUUCAAACCACUUCAAAAAGUGAAUCUGUUGAGAUUUGUGAAACUGAGAUUAAUCAAAGUGAAUCUGAUCAACAUCAUGAGACUGAAUCCAACGGUUGUAAUUCAUCUCAAUCUGAUCAGAGUAAAAUUGCUUUAUUAGAGUGGAAAAGAAUUCAAGAAUUCAUGCAAAAAAGUAUACCUGUGUGUAAAGGUCAUGGUGAACAAUGUGUUUCUCGGGUCGUGAAGAAAGCGGGACCCACUUUUGGUCGACAGUUUUAUGUUUGUGCUCGUGCAGAGGGACCCGCAUCGAAUCCUGAAGCGAAUUGUGGGUAUUUUUCGUGGGCUGAUUCAAGAUCUAAGCGGAAACAGAGCAAGUGAUUUUGUGGUCUUUAUUUAAAUUUUAAUGUAUAUGUAUGUAGCAAGUAAUAUAAAGAUCCGAACACAAAUAUUUCGUGAGUUGAUAUUCCGUUUUCUGUUAGUGGGUCCCACAACCAAAAUUGUGGAGACAAAUUUAUUGUUUAAA